AUGCCUGCCACCACCAAGCCCAUGAUCCUCGUUGCCGGUAAAGUGCUCUACGCCAUUGAAGAGCAAAAGGAACUCGAGAAGAAGUACACCUUCCAGGUAAGUUCCUGUUGGUCCGCUCCUUCCGCUGCUAGGGUCAAGCUCCCCCCCUUUUCACGAGCUCGCUAGUCUCUCCCCCCGCUUCGCUCCCCCACGUCGGGAAAGAGAAAUCCGACGACGCCCCCCACCCCAAACAAGCCCAAAACUGACUCCAAUGCACUCCACCUUGUGAACGAUGCAAACAAAUAUUUUCAGCCCAUCGACUCCAAGAACAGGGAAGAGUUCUUCGCCGACUGCAAAGGUCGCUUCUCCGAGGCGGUCGCCUUGUACAACAACUCGUGCCCUGCGAUCGGGCCCCUCAACGCCGAGCUCAUCAACGCGCUUCCGGCCUCGGUCAAGAUCUUGAGCCACCAUGGUGCCGGAUACGACGUGAGUUCCUCGUGUCUAUACAGAAAAGGUUUAGUUACAUGUGUACUGACUAUCAUAGACGUGGGAUCACAGCCCAUCGAUGUCCACGUGAGUUGGUCAGCUCGCUCCCCCCUUUCCGCACGUGCCAACUUCACCUCGCGAUCGCGGGGUCAAGUGGCCCCUUCCUCUUGGUCCAACGCGAGACCGACGCAUUCCCCAAACGAGGAACGACUUGUAAAAUCAAAUGGGAUGGCAAAACUGAAUCGUCCUUGCCCUUCUACCCCAUACUAGGCCUGCACCAAGCGGGGCAUCCAACUGUCCAACACCCCCGGUGCCGUCGACCACGGAACGGCGACCGUCGCCAUGUUCCUCAUCAUCUCGGCCCUGCGCAACUUCUGGAAGGCCCAGUUGUCGCUCCACGCCGGCCAGUUCAAGAACGGGUGUUCUCCCGCCUUCCAGAACGACGUCGAGCAGAAGGUGCUUGGUAUCGUUGGCAUGGGCGGUAUCGGCCGAGUGAGUUGUCUCUCCGACCUUUAGUCAGAACGAGUUCUUUUGGGUACUCAUACGCCGGUCUCAUCUUAGGCUCUCGUAAAGCGCGCUCUUGGCUUCGACAUGAAGGUCAUCUACCACAAUCGAAAGGAAGCCGACCCGGCUUUGCUCGCCGACUUCGUAAGCGCCCUCGGGAGCUUAUACGCACACCCAAUCUUCCAUCUGACCGAAUCAUAUUGCCUCUUUACUACUCCCUUAGCCUGCUGGAGCCGUUGUUUACUGCUCGACAUUAGAUGAGCUCCUCGCCCAGGCCGAUGUCGUCUCACUCCACGUCCCCCUCAAUCCCCACACCGAGAAGUCAGUUGUCUUCUCCUUGCUGAAACGCCGUGAUCCCACGGUCCAAAAAAGCUCAAGUUUGCGCUCUUUCCUACUCUCCCAGACUUUUUGGCAAGGCCCAAUUCGCCAAGAUGAAGAAGGGUUCGGCGAUCGUCAACACCGCGCGAGGUGGUGUCAUCGAUGAGGAGGCCUUGCUCGAGGCGCUCGAGAGCGGGCACCUCUCUUCGGCCGGGUUGGACGUCUUCCCGAACGAACCCCAGGUCAACCCCAAGUUGAUCGCCAACGAUAGGCUAACGUUGUUGCCCCACAUGGGUCAGUUCCUCAACUGAACCCUGUACACGUGAAAAGGUAGAAAGCGCCUGACUGACGUGCUCUCCGCCCCUCCCUCCUCUCUUAGGUACCGAGACGCGCGAAUCGCGACGACAGAUGGAGAACACGGUCUUGAACAACUUGGUGGCCGGUAUUGAGAAGGGCAAGGUCAUCAAUGUCGUCCCCGAGCAAGCCGACAUGAUCAAGGCCUAA